AUCCUGACUGUCCGUCAAAAAUAACGUCCGGGAAACCGGUGAAGUGGUGUAGUCAGGAGGGAGCAGAGGUGGGUGUUGAGCUGGGUUCAGAGACUGAAACAGAGGGGCAAGUGGAAAUCAGAGUUUGAUUCCAUUUCCAGUGUCCAUAUCGAUGGAUCCUCGUUUCCUUUAUUUUCUCUCACAUUGAUGAUUACUCCUGUUUGGUUAUUGUCCUUUUCUCCUUCCUCUUCUGUUCACUUCUCUUGUCUUGUGUACUCUUCUUAUCUGCCUUCUUUUCCCUGUUCCUGUCUACAAUCUACACUAGUACCCUGUACCACUCCCCCUCGUGACGUCCGUCCAUUAACAACAUUCCCGUUAUCAAUCCCACUCCCAUUAACUCCAUUCCCAUUCCAUACAUUACCAACAACAAAUGGACUAAAUCCCUCUCUCUUUCUUCUCUCUUUCUCCUCUUCGGAAAACAAACGCAAACACUUGCCUUUCAUUGACUUCCGUGGCGUCUCGUAGCCGUUUCACACACAAUACACGCUUAAGAAAACACAGUCGGACUCAGCCUACUCAGACUUGUUCAUAAAUCAGUGCAUGCAGAAGCAAAUUUGCUCUGUGUUUGAUGUGGCUUUCUUUUUUGGUGAAGGAGGUAAAUUUGAUUCUUUUCUUGAAGCAGAGGAGGUUUGUCAACUUUUAACUGGCCAGUAACUAGUUGGUAACUAAGGAGCAGACUCUCGUUUUUAUAAAGAAUUAGACUACUUUCAAAAUGCUUUCGUAUGAGCAAGAUCCUGAUGUUGUUCGGUGGGGUCUUCAGCUAUUUGAUGGUGAUCCAUACUCUAACUGUGGCUAUUGUAGCACUAUCCCUCAAAAUAACACAGGAUGCUAUGAAAAUCACUAUGGUUCAGUAUUUAGUAACGUAGAGGAAAAUGAGCUGGCUGCAAACUCACUUGAACAACAAUUUUCUUAUUUUACACUUACCGACCAGCCACAAGAUUUCCUCCAAGGAGUGGAAAAUGCACAGACAUCUUGUUAUCAACAACAGUGGUUCAAUCAGUCUAUGGAAAACUACCCAUUCGAUGAGAAUGGUAAUGAAGAGGAAACAGACUUGGUAACUUCCAGUGCAUAUCCUACUCCUGGAGGAGAGUCAUAUUCUGGUGAAUGGUCAUACUCAACGGAACUCAUGGAUGAGAAUGCUCUGGAUGGUGAAUUAGGCAGACGGUUGAACCAAAUGGUUCCAAUUCCUCACAUCCCUAGAAUUAAUGGAGAUAUACCAUCUCUCGACGAAGCAACUUUAGAUCAUCAAAGGCUUCUGGAAAGAUUGCAGGUUUACCAGCUGGUAGAGUGUAAAAUUCAAGGUGAUGGUAAUUGCCAGUUUCGAGCUCUAUCAGAUCAAUUUUACCGAACUCCUGAGCAUCAUGAGUUUGUGAGACAAGAAGUUGUGGACCAGCUGAAGUCAUGCCCAGAGACUUAUGAAGGAUAUGUUCCUAUGGCUUACGAUGAUUAUUUGGAGAAGAUGUCCAAGAAUGGCGAGUGGGGUGAUCAUGUGACUUUACAAGCUGCUGCAGAUUCAUAUGGUGUAAAAAUAUUUGUCAUAACUUCGUUCAAGGACACCUGUUACAUUGAGAUACUACCCAGCAUUCAAAAAUCUGAACGAGUUAUAUUCUUGAGCUUCUGGGCUGAGGUUCACUACAACUCGAUAUACCCUGAAGGAGAUUUAACCACAUUUGGGACUAAGAGAAAGAAGAGGCGAUCAUUUCCUCGCCAGGAGCAUUUCGAAACACCAGAUGAUUGCAGUUGAGAAAAUAUGAUUCGAAAUAUAGCAGCUGUCUUGCACCUGCAAAACCUGCCGUGCUGCCAUGCCGAACUCUUUAUCAUUGUCAAUUCAUGCCAGACAAAGCAAGCAUGAUAUCAAUUGUAUUGAUUCAUAAAUGUAAAGAUUUCUGUUCUUUGCAACACUGGUGCGCCAAUAAUGUUUCCCAUGUGAACAGGCACGUCUUCUUGAUAAUUGGCAGAAUGUUGUCUUCAUCUAAUCUCAAUUUUGUUAAUAUGGAUAGAAUCCUGUAUUCCUGUUCUUCAUACUGGAUGCUUUGUUGCGCAAUA